CUCCCUCCGUUCCUCUCUCCCUCCCUCCCAGUCCCACUGAAUUCCUUCUGUCUCCUGCAGGCCAUGGCUGUCACAAACCUCCUUGUCUGGGUUCUGCAAGGGCUCAUCGUGAACGUGCGCAUGGUCAGUGAUGAGUUGGAUGAACCCACACGUGACCGCAUGCAGCAGUGUGUGGAGAUGCUUAUCGAGGAGAUGACUUGGCUGCUGCAGGAGCUGGAGCAGAAGAUCCAGGCGCAGAAGAGCAAGGAGCAGAGUCAUGCGGCCUGGAGAGCCUUGGUCUUUGCUGGCUUGCGGCACUGGCAAUUCUGGGCGAUUGCUGGCAUCCUGAUCCUCCUGAUUGUCGGGCUCUGCUGGUGCUUCAGGAAAAGAAGCCAUAAGGUGGGCAGCAGCAGCAAAGAGGAGGAAGACAGGAAGGAGAAGCUGCUGCUGAGGCGACAGAUUUGCACAUGUAUGUGCAAUGCGCAACAAGUGGUCAGUGGACGAACUGUGGAACCGGAGUAGUUGGUGCACGCACUGGUGGAAAACCUCGUUGCUUGCCAAUGGUCCAAUUCCUUGUCAAAUGGUUUCUUCCUGGAGCUGGGACCAGCCAUCAGGGUGGGCAGCGCCUUUGAUUACUGGAGUUCCCGGGAAGAUGAGCCUGCCUACCGCCAGCUCGUGUGCCUGAAGCCCCCCCCCCGUGGGCAUGCCUUCUGCCUGGAGCCGCACACCGUGGCAAAGGAGUCCCGCAUCCGUGUCGAGCUGCGGAGCACAUGCACUACUCAGGAGACGGUGGGGCCCAUGCUGUGCUUCCUCCACGACCCCGAGGAAGAGCUGAGGAAGAAGCAGAAGCCCAGCCUCCUACACACCCUCUGCACCGGCUCCUAUCUAGAUGUGCAGAAAACUGCUCGCUGGUUGCAGGAUUUGGUUAGGGAAAACAAGGCAAGUGUGCGUCUGUUACGUUUACGUUACUACAUUCUGACUGUGCUGUCCUCCAGCCGCUCCUGCAAAGUGGCAAUUAAAGACGUCUCUGGGAGAACCAAGCUCGUUGAGAUGAUGUUUGGCGUGCAGCUAGGUGACUCAGACAUCUUCAUGAGCAGCCAGGCUACAGAGGACAUCUUCACUCCAAGCACAACGUGGACAUUGAGCUGCACCUGGGCAGAGGAGAAGUUCUUGUGGCUGAUGUUUGAUCAGACCCGAGACAACAGCUUGCUCAGCUGCCUGCAACUCUGCACCUGCAUGGUGGCGGGCACAGGCUUUUCCAGCUAUACCUUGAAGACAGUGGUGAUGCACCUCCUGACCACCACACCCCUGUCAGGCUGGCGCAGGAGGCAUUUCCUACUGCGGCUGGAUGACAUCAUGCGGUACCUGCGCUGCUGCGUGGAAGAGAAACGCCUCGACCACUUCUUCUGUGGUAAUGAGAAGAUUCUUGAGGAGAUCAUCUUGCCCCCAGCCUUGCAAAGAGCCAAGCCACUCAACCUCUUCCAGCAUCUGGCUCAGGAUCCAGCUGCCCAUGAGCAGGCAAUGCAGGAGUUCGAGGAGCUGCAACAUCAGCUUACAACACAGCUCUUCUUCUCGGGGCAGUGAAAGUGGUCGUCAUGCACAGAGCCAUGUUUGCAGAGUUCACAGCCGAGGACAGAUGAGGACCUCCUCAUGCAGGAGGGAAGUAAAGGACAGAGUGUAGGACGCUGCAGGGAAAGGAAGAACCCCUUGCAGUGGACCUCUGCCAAGAGCGGCAGCAUUCUCCUCUCAGAGGUUUUCAGAUAGCAGCCAGUGAUGACUGCAGUGGCAACAAAGAUGACUUUUUCCCUGCUUUCUCCUCUCACUGGCUGCAGCCAGAAGGGCGUUUCACAUGGGCCCAGGUACUCUUGCUGGCAGCUCUGGCUGUGCAGGGACCAAGCGAGAGGCACCACUGAUGUGCCCCCGUGUGUUCACUGGGGUCUGGAUGGAGAACCUACACAUGCUGGAUCCUCCCCAGGGAGCUGGUGCCCCCGAACUGAGCACGCUGGGCACGGAGAACACGCUGCUCUAUCGGCAGUGGGAACUGCUGCUGCGCCUUUCCUCCACAGCAAAAGUAUGCUCUGGGGAGUGGGACCCGAUGCAGCUGAAGAGGCCAUUGAAAAGGAGCCUGGCAACAGAGACUCCUGUUUCUACGUGGACAGUGAGCUCCCUUCCUCUUUGAGAGAGUCCAUUCCCUCUGGGAGCUUUCCCCUGUGCAAAGAUGCCAAUAAAUCUCUUGUGUAACAUCCAGA